ACGCUGCAUAGAGGAGUAUAAGCCAGAACAAAGCACUUGUAAGGAGUGUGAAAGUGCGCACUGGAGUGAAAGAACGUGUACAGCUGUGUAAAGAGUGCAGCGCGCGUGAAAUAUUUCAGAGCUGUUUAAGAGAGGAGUCCAGAGCAAACAGAGGUGUCUGUGAGCUCGUAUAGGAGUGUGAGAGAGCGCAGAGGGGUGUGAGGAGUGUGGGGAGUGUGAUCUCGCGCAGAAGGGGGUGGAACGGAGGGGGUGUGGAUACGAGUGGUGCUUUCAGCAAAGGCUGGUGCUGAAACGCGUUCAGCUGCGGAGGAAAUCAGAGCUUCAUUCAGCAUCGGCACAGCCCAGCAGCACACACACACACACACGCGCGCGCGCGCUCCUACUCCAGCACUCCUGAGCGGACAACCCAGUGCAGAGAUGAUCCGAGCCGACUCGGAGUAAAGGACUGAAGUCACGAUAACCGGAGAGAUUGCAGACUGAUGCGAAAUCGAGACAAAGCGUCCGGGAACAAAGUUCGCAACUCGGAAGGGACACGGAACCCUGAACCCAUCACGGAAUUCUGUGAACACUCUCGGACCAAAGCAGAGACACUGAGGACGCUGUCCGAGGCUGGUGAUUUUGAGUAUAGUCUUCUUUGUUUGUUUGUUUGUUUUGUUUUGUUUUGAUCUGUCCUGCUUUGGAGAGGCGCUGAAGGAAGAAUUGGCCAUCCGGACCGGUGCGUCGCGAGCGCGCAGCUUUUAAACCAGAGCGAGAAGAUUGGAGCAAGAUGCUGCAGUUUUGCAUCGCUCUUAUCCUUUUAGGAACAGAGACCGAAGCGGCCUACUUUUCCCAGCAGCCCCAGGACCAGGUAGUGGUGGCUGGCCAAUCGGUGACUCUUCCGUGUGUCAUUGUAGGAUAUCGAGGCAUGGUACAGUGGACUAAAGAUGGCCUAGCACUUGGUGGAGAACGAGAUUUACCUGGUUGGGCACGUUACUCCCUGAUGGGAGAUCCACUAUCAGGGGAGCACAGCUUGGUGAUCGAAUCAGCAGAGCUGGCUGAUGAUGCCGUGUACGAAUGCCAGGCCACGCAAGCAGCCCUGCGUUCACACCGAGCCAAACUCACUGUCCUGGUGCCACCUUCGGACCCUGUCGUCGAGGGAGGGCCUGUGGUGCGGCUGAAAGCUCACGCUCCCCAUAACCUGACAUGCCGUGCAUCCGGAGCCAAGCCUGCAGCUGAGAUCACCUGGUACAGGGAUGGAGAGGUCAUGCUUACUGCAAUCUACUCAAAGACUCUGAUGGAGGACGGGAAGAGGGAGACGGCGGUCAGCCUGUUACCUCUUGUGCCUGAUGACCGUGAUUCGGGACGGACCUACACCUGCAGGGUCCUAAACCCAGCCGCCCCGGGUGGACGCCAGACUUCCAUUACCAUUAACGUUCAACAUCCCCCUUCUGUCACUCUGUCCGUCCAGCCUCAGACUGUAAUGGAAGGAGCCAAAGUGCUAUUCAUCUGCUCAGCCUCCGCCAGCCCGGAGAUCAUCGGCUACAGGUGGUCUAAAGGUGGCGUCCCCAUCCCCGAGGCCAAAGGGGACAGUCUGGAGGUGACGGUGGACUACUCGUAUUUCACCGACCCCGUGUCCUGCGAGGUGUUCAACUCUGUGGGAAGCACGAACGUCAGCACACUGGUGGAUGUGCAGUUCGGUCCCAGGCUGUUAUCGGAGCCUAAACCGCAGACGGUGGACACAGGCAUGGACGCGGCGUUCACUUGCGCCUGGACUGGCAACCCUCCACUUACUCUGGCGUGGACCAAACAGGGCUCGAGCGUGGUGCUCAGCAACAGCAACACACUCCACCUAAAGGCCGUGACUCAAGAAGAUGCCGGGACGUACACCUGUAAAGCCAUCGUACCGAGGAUCGGCGUGUCAGAAAGAGACGUCACGCUCACUGUAAAUGGUCCACCGAUCAUCACGGCUGAGGCUACACAGCAGGCUGUCAAACAUGCCAAAGGAAAGCUGGAGUGUCUGGUGGGCAGCAGCCCUCCUCCUGACAAAAUAGUGUGGACGUUCGGGGACGUGAGCUUGUCCUCUGGUUCCUCGGGCCGUUUCUCAGUACAGACGGUGAACAGCGACCGCGGCGUCCUGUCCUCCCUCGUCCUGUCCGAGACGCUGGCUCAAGAUUUCCAGCUGAGAUACAACUGCACGGCGUGGAACCGCUUCGGAACGGGCACGGUGCUCGUCACGCUCAAAGAACAAGAAGCACUGCCCUUGCUCAUCAUCAUCGGGUCGUCUGUUGGAGGCGGAUGUGUUUUCAUCGUUUGCGUCAUCACCCUGGCGUCCAUCUGCUGCCGCCAUGCUGCUAAAGGUAAAAAGGGGACACGCCUAUCCAAGAGUGACAUCCGCGUGCAGAUUGUACACAGUGACCACAACGCAGCCCGUGGGAAUGAUGACGAGGAGGACGUGAAGGAGCCGAUGGCUCCCAACAGCAGCGAGUCUCCCGGGACGUCACGUACCGAGCACAGCGAUCUACUGGAGGAGGAAGAUGAUGAAAGAUCAGAUAUUAAGGACCCCACGAAUGGCUACUACAACGUCCGAGGUCAUGAUGACCGCCAUGUCGCCCGCACCGGCUUUUCCGAGUUCGUCCCAACCUCACGGCCCGUCUACACACCGUGCCAGCUUCCAUCUCCAGGCCCACUGUACAGCCAGAACACCACCCAGCCACGUGUCUAUGACUUCUCCAACCGCUACGCCACCACUCCCGCCACCCGAACCACUUAUGAGCAACAACCACAGCAACAACAGCAGCAGCAACAACAACAACAACAACAACCACAGCCACAACAGCAAACGACUCCCACAAUGUACCCACAGGACCCGCUGUACCUGCCCAAUACCUAUAGCCGCGCCUUCACCAGCUACGUCAAACCCGCCUCCUUUGACAAAGUGGACACAUUUGAGCAAUCAGAUCAAGCUGGCAAAGUGUCCGGGUCGUCCCGCUUCUCCUACGCAUCCUCGCAGCAGUCCGACUACGGACGGCCGUCCCAGCAGCGCAUGCAGACUCACGUGUGAGCACCAGACUUCCAGAGGGUGCCAAGUUUGAUCAACGAAGGACUUUUCCCUCAAUUUGAAGUGCGCGUUGGGAGUCAGGUUCGAUCGGUCGUUCUUGAGAAAGGAUGACCAUUCUGCUCUCAUUUACGAGUCACCUCUGGACUGUCUAAGCUAAUUUAAUUGUGUUUAGCUUUGUCUACUAGCUGAACUUCUGGUGAAUGAAUGCCAUCAUUUUGUAAUCUCACUUAUUACGGAGACGGGCACGUGAGGACGCUUCGGCAUCUCCGAGUGGUCUGUGAUAGGACUCAUAGACUGAACAAAUGAACUAACUUUUGUAAAUGAGAAGCUAAUGAUGUUACGCUGGACCACAAUCAACAAAAAAAAAAAAGAAUGGAAAAAAAAAAAAAAAAAAAAAGUCUCGUGCUGGCAUGCUGAAGGAAUCGUAAGCACAUUGUGUGUGUUGUUGACAUGAGGACUGAACUACAUUAGGAAUUCACAGAUAAACUGGGACAAACUGGUGGAAGUUGUGGCUCUUUUAUGAAAGCUUCAUCUGUUGUCGGGGAAUUUCUGAAGAAGAAGACGGGAAAAAAAAAAACAACAGACUUCCUGAAAAUAACAGUAUGUAAUGAAGGAAGAGAUGCACUUUAGUUGCAUUUUUUUUCCUCUGAUAAACCAAACAAAGAGAGAUGAAGCCCUAAUGAAGAUGCAACCCAAACACAAGAGGCGUGUUUUGCACCCCCAAAUCGGCAUGUUAUUGGUUUUGGGGUGCAAAUGAAAGGUACCUCGGGUGUAUUGAGAAGCUGGUGGCAAUCUGAAACUGCGAAAUCGAGAUGCAGUAAUAGUUUAUCGACUGUGAUUUUUACGAAAGAAAGUGCGGGCUGAGUCGUUCUGUGUGAAGCGACACAAUCAAGUAUCUCCACCAUGUUUACACACGAUAAAAAGGUAGAACACGAUGCUCCUGAUAAACGAGUGUACAAAUUCCGGGGAAAGCCCUAUCCUCUUGUCUGUUGCAUGCAGAUGACGUGUCUAUGUGAACGUAUCGAGCGUUUCUUUCCAUGUCCAUUCCUUGUGUGAGACAUUGCUUUACUGCACCUAAUGCCAUUGGAUCGUGGUAAUCCCGAUGACCGGGUUCCCGUACUGCCAUUUUUUUUCUUCGGGCCUGAGUGAUUUCCAUUGGAGGGGGGGAGGAAAAAAAAAAAGUAAAUUCACAAAGUGAACUGUGCUGAAAAACACAUUGCUUGUCUUUAUUUUUAUACUUUAUAUAAGCCUUAAUGUACAGUGUGUAAGCUGCUCAACUGUAAAGUACAUUUAUAUUAUGAAUGCAUAUCAAUAUAUAUCUCAUUUGAUUUGAUUUGUUUUAUGUUAACACAGCAAUUUUAGUUCAUUUUUCUGCCCGUAAGCCUGAGUUCUUCAUCGUUCUUGGGGUUGUGUUUCUUUUAGAAACCUUUUUUUUUUCUUUUCUUUUCUUUUUUAAGAUUAUGCAUUGAGGUUUUACUUGCUAAAAUGAGCUAUUGUUGCUUGUAACUUUGUACACAUAUUUAUAUUUAAAUAAAACCAUUUCAAAUAAAAAGCAGCUGCGACUGGAGUGUUUUGUCAGAUGUUCUAUACAAUGGACAAUAUUAUUCGAGUCGCUGAAUCGUUAAAUAAAUUAGCAGCUCUCACUGGGAAAACUUUACACACUUAAAAUGUCAAACUGUAUUAUGACUGGACUCUGGAAAUCUGGAUACGGGUGUUGAAAUGAUGUUCAAAUCACCUUUAUUUCACAAAUAAAGGGGUUAUGCCUCCAAUGCCUUCAACUAGCGAGCUACUUACCUAGCUACCUACCUAUUUAGCUACUUACCUAGCUAAA